GGCACGGUUAAGCUCGUCUUCCAGCCUGCAGAAGAAGGCUACGCCGGAGCCUCUUAUAUGAUAGAAGAAGGCGCAUUAGAUGGGGUUAAAGCGAUAUUUGGCAUGCAUGUCUGGCCAUUUAUUCCAACCGGUGUUAUUGGUUCGAAACCUGGUCCUAUUAUGGCUGGUGCCGGAAGGUUUACAGCGAUAAUGCAUGGGAAAGGCGGACAUGCAGCGAUACCACAUAAAGCCAAGGAUCCAAUUCUUGCUGUUUCUAUGACAGUUCUCGCACUCCAGCAACUUGUUUCUCGAGAAACUGAUCCUCUCGAAUCUAGGGUUCUCUCUGUUGCAUUUGUAGAUGGCGGUGAGGCCGGAAAUGUAAUCCCGGAAAGCGUGAAGUUUGGUGGAACGUUCCGGUUCUUGACAUCUGAGAGUUAUUCCUGUCUUAAGCAACGGAUCAAAGAGAUCAUCGAGACACAAGCAAGCGUACAUCAAUGUACAGCCACUGUUGACUUUGGGGAGGACUUAAUGAGGCCUUAUCCACCAACUCUAAACGAUCCCACAAUGUACGAGCAUGCAAAGAGAGUCGGAGCAGUCUUGCUCGGUGAGGAAAACGUGACUCACGGUGACAUUACAAUGGGCGCGGAGGACUUCAGCUUCUAUUCCCAGAAGAUGUCGGCUGCAUUUUUCACCAUCGGAGCACAAAAUAAAACUGCGGCCGCAACUGGUGGUGUUAAAGGUUUGCACUCCCCUUACUUCACUCUUGAUGAAGAUGUUCUUCCGAUAGGAGCCGCCCUCCAUGCCGCUGUUGCGAUGUCUUACUUUGAUUCGCUCGGCCAGACAUAGCAGAAUUACAUUUUCGAGAUUGAACAAUUGUCACAUUUGUAAAUGAAAAAUACUGUCAUUUGACUUCAAGCAAUACCAUCAUAAUGUGUUGUUAUUAA